UAGCCGGCAGUCGGUGCUUGGCUUUCGUAGAGGGAAGACGCGUUUGUAUCGUCCACGGUCAUGCCGGUUGUUAAAUUAUGAAUUAAAGCCACGAAAUAUUUUAAAGAAUUUGAGUUUCCGUGUUCUUGUAUAGUGGCGUCUGCUGCGACUGAACGGGAGAUAGCUUGAUCAACAGGAGAGGCGGGUCGGGUUCGUUGUCUUCGUAUAUUAUACACCAGCGUGGUUGUGACAAUAUGACUUGAAUACAUAUACCGUAACAGUGAAGUGUGAAAUUUAUUUGUGACGUUAUAUUGCUAUAAGUGGAAAAAUCUUCAGUAAUAACAAUGGAGGCUCUUGAAAGGAGGGGCAAUCUCGCCGUCAUAUUAGCCACAGUCUGCAUCGCUUUGAUUUACAAUUGUGAUAGUGUUGCUGCUAGGAACCACAGCAUGUCGUACGUGUGUCCGCCCCAGUUCAUCCGACUCGGUCACAGCUGUUACUUCUUCAGUGAGAACAAAGCCACGUGGCAGUCGGCUCUUUUCUUCUGCAAGGAUCGCGAUAGCAACCUAACAGUGCCAGCUAGGUGGGAGGACAGGAAUCUGAGAAACUACCUCAAUAAACCGAACGUCGACAAAGCAAGUCGCUGGAUUGGUGGAAUAUAUGACGCAGCGUCGCGCUCCUGGAAAUGGGGAGGUGAACUUCGACCGAUGCAUUAUCAGUCGUUCUCCAAGAUGAAGAAGCUGACCCCCGAGCAAUUGCAGUUCCAUUGCAUUGCUAUGAUACCCGAACUUCUCUACAGAUGGGCACCAAGAAGCUGUUUCGAGCCGAGGGAGUUUAUUUGUCAAACUAAACUAAAGAAAGUAUCGAAGGCGAAAGUUAAAGAACUACAAAAGAGAUACCAACGAAUGGGAAAAAUCAAUGAGAUAACAGCGCCGAGCGCGAGCAGAGAAGUUGAAGAUGGCCAUAUCAAUGACGUCACCAGUAACCCUGUCUUGAACCCCAAGUCCUUCGACCUUCACCCGAGUCCUCUCAGACGAGGGCCGAAGAAGAAUCCGAUUCGAAACAAGACACACGGCUUUCGACCCAACGAGUUGAAGAAACGAUCGCGUCCCCAUAUUGAGAGACGGCUCAAGAGACCGUUCCCAGGUUAUCAAUGGAACCGCCGCAAACCCGAGGAAUCGUACAAAUACAACAUGGAGCUCCUACUCUCUGGUCGCACGGGGCUCAGUCCACAGCAAGUGAAGUUCCACCUGUCUCGUCUGCAGCGUCUGCGGGACAGGCAGCUAAACCGGAUGAGGGAACGCGACGAUUGGCUUGUCAACGAAACGAAGCCCGCCAUAGUCCGCACCCACGCGAGGACAUACACACUCGAUAAUAACAUCAGCGCUCUCCACCCUAAGACCAUUGUUGAGGAGUUUGACAUGCUUCCACCCCCAGCUCCCGCACCCGUCGUAGUGCCAAGACCCACUCGUGGUAUUUGGUAAACAGUGUUUCCCAGUGAGAUUUCAAUUAAGUUAAGCUUCGUUCGAAUCCUAGCGCUUCGAAUCCUAAACACAGCUUUUAGUACUUUCGCAAGCACCUGCCUAUUUUUAAAUUGCGUUCUGUAGUUGUCUUUUUAUUGAUCUUCUUAUAAAAAUGUACAAAACAUCUUCCCUCGUGAUGGAUUUUUAUUAUUUAGCUACUAUUACAACUAACCUAUUCUUUAUAUUUAAGAGAACUUACCUCUAAACUAAAAUUGUUUUCUACAAUACUUGAAUUAACAAAAAUGAUAACUGCAAUUUACUUAUGUACCCACCCAAUGCGCAAAGAAUCUUUUCUUAUACUUUAAUAAAACAAGUACAUAUUUUUUUAUAUAUACAAUAAUUAUAAAGUCUGGUCUUUAUGGAGAUCGGGGAAAUUACCUUAAAUUGUGUGCACUAAGUCGAUAUACUAAUGAACUAGAAUCUAAACGUAAACAUUCAAAAGCAUUUUACCACAUUAUAAUACGUUUACCGUAAUGUUGGCCAUAUAUAUAAACAUGCAACGGUUUUGUUAUGAUAAAAUUUAUACUAAAUAUAAUUUACUAAUUGUGGCUUUUAAUUAAAAAUUAAUUAGAGUAACUGCCUAGUCAGUAAGAUAAUUGGUAACGUUUUAAAUGUAUUAUGAAUUAAAAAAUAUUGAAUAACUUCAUGAACAAAAUUGUUCAAAAAAACGUACACCACUAACCGCUGUAAUAAUAAUAUUACCGUGUCGUACUUCGUAUUGGCAUUUCUUGAAAUUAUAAUAAAUAAGUGUUAAUCAUAUUACGUUCCACUGUGUAUUUUUAAGGUUCAUAUGUAUUCUACGUAGUUAUCAUAGUGCCAAUAUAUUAGUCCUCGCAUUUAUAGUGUGACAAGUAUGUACCAAGCUUUAUCCUUGUUUUGUUACUAGGAUUAUUUAUUUUUUUUAUGAUUUAGAAACUGAUAACUGAUUAUUUAUACGAAUGAAAGCUCCGAGAGUGAAAAUUGUAUUCGAUAUUUAAUAAUAAAGCUUUUAAUUGAAAUGUCUUUUAUAAUACUGUAAGCACACUUGUAUUUCUCUACCAAUACUACAACUGAAAUUCUAAAAUAAGUCUACUUUAAGUUUUGUGACAAAAAUACUUUUAAAAACUAGAUAUAUGUUUUAUAAACUUUCUUAGGUCAUUUUACUAUAACUAUGUACUCUUUUGACCAGUAUCAUAUUAACAAGUGUCGAAUUCCUAUUCAUUACAUUCGGAAUAAAUAAAUUUCGAUUAUUGUAUUUUUCUUGUAGAUUUAAGAAAAUAAACCUUUGAACAUA